AAGCCGUUUAUACGCAAUCGAUUGCCCUGAGUAGCCGGGGCUCACGCCGCAUGGCGACGAGCAAGCAUGAGAAGAACCAUACCACCGAGGUGACGUAUGGCAGGCAGCGCGGCCACUGGGACUCCUUCGAGAACUGCUACGGCGAGAAGCCUGGAGGCCGCUCGGACGACGACGCCGACGAGGGCAGAGACGCCUGGAGCGACCCCGGCGACUUCGACGAUCACGACGCCGCCUGGGAGGCCGCCGAGGGCGAGGACUGGGACGACCGCCCCGACCCGGCAUCUCUGGCGCCAGCGGGGCCGCCCCAAGCUCACCCGGCGAUUGCCUUCCCUGCCCGCCUGCAGGAGGAGGCGCUGAGGAAGGAGAAGGAUGAUUGGCAAGGGGGUUGA